UUAGUGGUUUGUGAGGUCCUCGCUUUCCAUCCCUUUCCCACUGGGUGGUCGUCCCGACUGUCAGUCAUUUAGUCUGAUUGCGCGAGUGGGGAGGCGGCUCGGUGGCGGUGGUUGCCGCCUCAGGCAGAGACACCGACGCUCCUCAGGAGAGCUGAACGCAGAGCGGAAAGGUCGGGCGUGUGGAAACAGACAGACGCCCUCCCCUCCCCUUUCCUCCGGCGAGCCAUGGACAGGCACCUUCUCCGCCAUUAAGGGCAGAAGGACAGACAGAUAUCCUGCUCGCUUCCCACCGCCCAGAAAAUUAGCGGCAGUUUAUCCUGUUCUCCGGCGGCCCCUUUGCUCUCCACCCCCCCGCCCCAAGGAGUGUCGUUUGGGUACAGAAAUAGACUGUUCUUUCUGGUGGGUCUGAGGCAGGUCUUUUAAUUCACCCUGAAUCUUGUUAGGAGCAGACGGAAUAUACCGUCCUCCGCUAACGGAGAAUAGACAGGUAGAAAGCGAUCUCUCCCCGCGCUCCCAGCUCCCCGCCCCCCACACACUAUUCCUAGCCCCACUGGGACAGAUAGGCUUGCUCCUCCCCCUGUUGCAGGCAAGCUGAAAGACACCACCAUCUCCCUUUUAAAAAAAGAUUCCGUGGGGAUAGAAUCAGUCCGGUUAAAAAUUCCAUUGCCCGGUUGAGCCACACGCACUCCCGCCUUCCCAAACCCCCGCUUGGCUCGUAGAGACAGGGAAUCGCCGUUUCCCUCUGUUAGGGACAGACUGCCGCCCUCUCCUCCCUCCCUUGCCCCCGCUACUCAAGAUGCUGCUGCUGUUGCUGUCGCCUGCCCCACUGUAGCUGAGCCCCACUGCAGGGUGAAGGCGAGGCUUAGACAGGCAGCGCGUAGGCACCAUGGAGCGCCGUGAGGAGACGGCCCUAGAGCAGAGCCUGGAAUUCACGGUGGAGAAUGUGGAGAAGGCACUUCACCAAUUGUAUUAUGACCCCAACAUUGAAAACAAGAACCUGGCUCAGAAAUGGCUGAUGCAAGCCCAGGUGUCACCGCAAGCUUGGCACUUCAGUUGGCUGCUCCUCGAUAUGGAUAAGGUGCCUGAGAUUCAGUACUUUGGGGCCAGUGCCCUCCACAUCAAGAUUUCACGGUACUGGAAUGAUAUCCCAGCUGACCAGUACGAGAGCCUCAAAUCACAGCUCUUCAGCCAUAUAACCCGUUUUGCUAGUGGUUCCAAGAUCGUGCUGACCCGGCUUUGUGUGGCACUAGCUUCACUGGCAUUAAAUAUGAUGCCAGAAGCCUGGCCAUGUGCUGUUGCUGACAUGGUGCGCAUGUUCCAGGCAGAGGACUCUAAUGUAGAUGGGAGAGCACGCUGCCUUGCACUCCUAGAGCUGCUGACUGUCCUGCCUGAGGAGUUCCAAACGAGUCGCUUGCCUCAGUACCGCAAGGGGCAAGUGCGUAGCGUCUUGGCACAGGAGUGCAGUUCUGUGUUCUCCCUGCUAGAGCAAUUGUUACAGCAGCAAGAAUCCCCCAGCUUCAUUAAACAGAAGGUGUUGAAGUGCUUCUCUAGCUGGGUACAGCUGGAGAUUCCCCUGAUGGAGUGUGAGAACUUGAUCCAGGCAGCCUUCUCCUCCCUGCAGGAUCCGGAACUUUUUGACACAGCUGUGGAGGCCAUUGUCAAUGCUAUUUCUCAGCCUGAUGCGCAGAGGUAUGUGAAUACUCUUCUGAAGCUCAUCCCACCUGUACUUGGACUUCAGGAACAGCUACGUCAAGCUGUUCAGAGCAGGGACAUGGAGACAUCUCAUGGGAUCUGCCGUAUUGCUGUGGCCCUGGGAGAGAAUCAUUCCCGAGCACUCUUGGACCAGGUGGAUCACUGGCAGAGCUUCCUGGCACUUGUCAACAUGAUCAUGUUCUGUACUGGGAUACCAGGCCACUAUCCUGUCAAUGAGACCACAAGUUCACUUACGCUCACCUUCUGGUAUACCUUACAGGAUGACAUCCUAUCUUUUGAUCCAGAAAAGCAGGCCAUGUAUCAGCAGGUAUAUCGACCUGUCUAUUUCCAGCUGGUGGAUGUGCUCCUGCACAAAGCUCAAUUUCCUUCCGAUGAAGAAUACGGUUCCUGGUCCUCUGAUGAAAAGGAGCAGUUUCGGAUAUACCGAGUAGACAUCUCAGACACCUUGAUGUAUGUGUAUGAAAUGCUUGGAGCAGAGCUGCUGAGCAGCUUAUAUGACAAGCUGGGUCGCCUCCUGACAAACACAGAGCAGCCAUCCUCAUGGCAGCACACAGAAGCUUUGCUUUAUGGGUUCCAAUCCAUCGCAGAGACUAUAGAUGUAAACUACUCAGACGUGGUGCCUGGCCUCAUCGGGCUCAUCCCUCACAUCAGCAUCAGCAAUGUGCAGCUUGCUGAUACAGUUAUGUUUACUAUUGGGGCCCUCUCAGAGUGGCUGGCUGACCACCCUGUCAUGAUCAACAAUGUUCUACCCCUGGUGUUGCAGGCUCUGGGCAAUCCUGAGCUAUCUAUUUCUAGUGUCUCUACUCUUAAGAAGAUCUGCCGUGAAUGCAAAUAUGACUUGCCUCCUUAUGCUGCCAACAUUGUUGCUGUCUCUCAGGAUGUGUUAAUGAAGCAGAUUCACAAGACAAGUCAGUGCAUGUGGCUGAUGCAAGCUCUCGGCUUUUUGCUGUCUGCCCUUCAAGUGGAAGAGAUCUUAAAGAACCUGCAUUCACUAAUUACUCCUUAUAUCCAGCAACUGGAGAAGUUGGCGGAUGAAACACCAAACCCAUCCAACAAGCUGGCCAUCAUCCAUAUCUUGGGCCUGCUCUCCAACCUCUUUACUACAUUGGACAUCAGCCACCAUGAUGAUGAUCAUGAGACCACAGAGGUUAAAAAGUUGCCAGUGCCGCAGGGCCCCAAUCCGGUAGUGGUGGUGCUGCAGCAAGUCUUCCAGCUUAUCCAGAAAGUGCUCAGCAAGUGGCUGAAUGAUGCUCAAGUUGUGGAGUCUGUGUGCUCCAUUUUUGAGAAGUCUGUGAAAACCCUCCUGGAUGAUUUUGCACCCAUGGUGCCUCAGCUGUGUGAGAUGCUGGGCCAGAUGUAUAGCACCAUUCCUCAGGCAUCUGCCAUUGACCUCACUCGCCAGCUGGUUCACAUCUUUGCCCAUGAGCCGGCCCACUUCCCACCCAUCAAGGCGCUCUUUCUUCUCGUCACAUCAGUUACACUAACACUCUUUCAGCAAGGGCCCAGGGAUCAUCCUGAUAUUGUUGAUUCAUUUAUGCAACUCCUGGCACAGUUGAAUAUCGAGUUUCUCCAUCUGUUUCUGUGGAAGUUGAAAACAAAACAUUCUUCUUUUUCAUAGGUAUGAGUUUGCCCCUUCCUUUCCCCAAGGGGCAGUACCUAGUGAUGCAAAGUGACUUGUAGAUUGGGUUUAUCUUUAGGUUACAUAUUGUGACCUGGUACAGGGACUGCUGCAAAAUGGCAAAUGUGGUUCAAGAGCAAUAGCAUUCCAGCCCAUGUGUGCAGUGAUUCCGAGCGCUUCACAAAUGCAGACAGGUUGUUGUGUAGAAAUGAUCUUAUAUUCAGUUAUUUGGUGGGCUAUGUCUAUAGACCUGUUGAUGGGGCAGCUGAUCUAGUUGGGAGUAGAGCAAGGCAGGGAGAGCAGAUGAGCCAUGACUUGUUUAUUGGUUUGAUUUCAAAAUCCUUCUGUGUUCCAUCCCUCAGUUCUCCUGCCGAAGCUUUGGAAAUCUGAUUUCUUUCAGGUUGAGAAUUUGUCAUGCAGCUCUGUCUCUAAUGCUGUAAAUGACAUCAUGGGAGGAAAAUGAUGAUGGAAUACAAACUGCAUAAGGGGCUAUAGGCAGUAUGGGCAUCUUUGCAGUAAGUGAAGAAUGAACCCCGACUGGAUUUGGAAGAGCAGUUAAUAAGGCUGGAAACAAGCUGCAAUGCUAGGAAAUGAUGGAGCAGAGAGUGGGGGGGUGGGAUCUUGGGUACCACCCUGCUCUUAUUACUACAUCAAGAUGCUUUCUUGUUGGCUCUGGUUUAUUGUUCCCUAAUGAGGUUGCUGUAUAUUGUGAGACAGAAAGUACUUGAGCUCUCAGCUCCCUCUUGUGGCAGCUAUAUAGCUUGCAGGUUUGCUAAGCAAUAAAACUAAUACGUCUUAUACUUUUCUGUAAAACUGAGCUUCUAGAAAAUGUAGAAAUUUGCUGACAGAACUCUGAACCUUAAAAUCAAAAUAUUAUCCUUCUAAGUGUUUGAUCUUGUUUGUCGUUUGGUUAAAGGGGUAUUGGCUCGCAAUUUAUCAUUAAAUACAAAUACUGAAAUCAAUAGAGGUGUGGUCCUGUGGUAGAUUUAUGUUCUCAGGAAAAUACUGGAAGAAUCUCAUCAUCUCGAGAGAGGGUAAUGGAUAGGAAACUGGAGAAGAAUGGAAUGUUGCAAGAGGAAAGUGCUUUGGAUGGAGGAAAAAAUAGGUCAGAGUGAAAGCUAUGAAAAGUCCACAGAGGCCUACUUGGGCACCUUCUCACAGUAGUUUAAUCUUCCUGGAGCAACUUGGAACGCUUAAUCCUCUGAAUACCUACAUCUGGCCUGAGGUCCUUGCUACAAAUCAGGAAGCUCCCUAGAGUGCUGAAUGAGGGGGAUGAAGAAGAUAAGACGUAGGACAGUGAUGGUUAUUUUGACAAGGACCAGACUAGAGCUUAAAGGGGAGGUGUUUCGGUAAACUCAGAACAAUGCAGGUAAUGCCUCCCUAUAUUUAUGUUGUUUUAUGUAUGUCCCCCUUUCCCAUUCACACCUUUUCCUUCAUGGUUGAAUAAAUGUUGUUCCUUUAGCCCUGUAUGGUUUACAAAAAGCUCAGAUUAUGAAAUGUCUGGGCUUGGCAGUGGCUCUGGGGCUGCAUACAGUUGCCCCCUGGUUUCUUUCACUCCUUAUGUAGGAGCUGUGAAACCUAGCAACCUGAAGAUGCUAUAUCCACUCUCUUUGGUCCACUGGCACCCUCAUCUUCUGUUUCAUCUGUGAAUCUAGGUCCCUCUGCACUCUUUGUCUUAAUCUCAGGCCCCUCCCAACAAGGUUGGACAAAAAGAAGGAUCACAUAGGUGUUAUACUGGUGCUAAAGAUAAUCAUUAAAUGGUGAUAUAUUCAGACUAUGUUCGUCAACAAACUUGCAGGUGUGGUUGAGCUCUGACGCUUGCGUUAUUGACCAUGCUUCUUAAAAUCCUAAUUUUUAGUCACUACUUAGAAUUUUUAAGUAUCUCUGUCUACUGGUCAGUGUUCAAACCCUGAUUGGCUACCAUAUAAGUAGUGAUUAUAUGCACAUUUUCCCCCAGAUUGUGUCCCAUUGCCUGGUUCUGCCUAGGAGACAUUGAUCUCUUCCAGUAGGAAAAAUCCAAAUGCAUUGCUCAACAGACUAGGGCCUCCUGGUUUUCUGGCAGCCUUUGCGCUUCCCUUUCUAGUUAGCAUCAUUUCAGUGAAAAAUUAUUCUGUGUUUCUUCUAAGCUGUUGAGGGGUUCGCUAAGUGAACUGACUGCAGAAGAACAUACCAGUUGUCCUCUUGCUGGCUAAAUCAGCUUGGAAUUUUACAUUGCCUGUGAAACUUCAUUUUAGAGAAAUGUAUAUGACUUUGUGAGGUCUCAACACAUAGUACAGUAAUUUUCUUCUGAAGAGACAUGUUGGCCCCACCUUUCUUCACUGAAAUUGCAGUUGUUUCCAAAAUGGUUGCAAUAAAUAAACAAAUUCUUCAAAAGUCCCAGAAGUUGACAAGAGCAUGAGAGUCAUUCAAGAGAUCACUUAAGAAUGCAUGUAGAAUAACUUGUUUUGAUGCUUGUAUUGUGCCCUUGAAAAGCCAAACUAAAGUCUCAUUAAAUGCCUAUAUUUUGACUGCAAAAACUCGGAUGCCUUAGUACAUCUAAAGCCAAAGUUCCAGAACCAUUCGAAAUGGUUCUCAUGCUGCACUCCAGACUGAAGAUGAGUAUGGAAGACCCAGAUAUUAACAUAGUAUGGCAAGAAGCAACUGUCAUGUCUGUGACUCCAUACAUAGCCAUUAGGCCUUUGCUCAUUCUCUGGUUUAAAAAACAAAACAAAGGAGCUUUUAAAUAUUCCACCUCCAAGCCUGGCAGUCCUACAAGGCACCUUAGAGUAUUAAGAUGCAAUAAAAUUAAUUUUAAACUCAUAUUUAAAGAACUUAAAUUACAGCAGUUCACACCUAAAGUCUUCAUCUUCCAAACACUGUGCUAAAAAGAUGGAGUUCAUGCAUCCAAAUAUAGCAGUGGAGCUUCAGACCCCUAGAGAGGGAUUCCAAAGUAUGCGUGCCAUCAUGAAGACCCCUGCUGCUUCUGACUACAAGCCUAUAUUUUCUUAUAUGUGUGGCAUUUGGAGCAGGGACUAAAAUGAUAUAAGCAAACGAGAAAGAAUGUAUUAAUGUAGGAAAAGGCAGUAAGUUCCCAAACUGUAGAUCCCUUUGCAUUCCAGAUGAGACAAAGGGGAAAGGGCUGAAUUUGAAAAGGCAGCUCCUGAAGUUUGACAAGUCCCCAACAUUUGCAGGCAUCUGAUGAGCAGAAACCUCUUGAAUCGCACCUGGGUCUCCUUUUUGGACUCAGAUAACUUCAGCUGACAAAAGACAAUAGAAGACCUGUGUCAACAGUUGCUGUUUGCCUGCAGUGCCCAUCUGGUCUUUCCAUUUUUGGGUCAUUCUCUGUAAGCAGUUGAGUUAAAAGGUGCUGGUUAUAUUGAUUUGAUAGAGGUCUCUUAUCCCAGGACAGUUUCCUCCCCUAUCAUUUGCAGUAUGAAAACAGAUCAGUAGCUAAGACUCAAUAUGUUAGAAUUCAAUAACUAGGCAUGCAAUGAUGUUGCAUUCCCAGUGAAAUGGACUGGUAUAUUGUGGAGCAUAAAAGGGAAUAUUUAUACUAGUGUCUGUGAAAAUUGUCUCACUAGGGUUAAGUAUUUCUAGCACUUCUGUUUUCCUGAAAUUGGUGUGUGUUGGUGCUUAAAGAAGAUUGGGGGGGGGGGGGAAUAAGAGAAUAAAGGAAUUAUAUUUUAUUGGACUGAAUCUGAUUGCUUAAAAUGUUGAACUAUAAGGAUUUUUGUGUGCUAUUAUGAGGUGCUUUUGAGCUGGAGGACUGAAAGAAUAAUUGUUACUAUUAUUCUUUCUUUUGUGAGGACCCCAAGGCAGCUUACAUAGCUCCAUUAUAUCCUUACAAGAACAAUCCUGUAAGGUAGGUUGGACUGAGAGUGAGUGACAGGUCCAAAGUCUCCCAAUGAGCUCCAUGGUCAAGUAGGGACUAAAACCCAGAACUCUUGGGGCCCCACUCCAACACUCAGAAAUAUUGCACCACACCAUAUACUGUUACGAGCAUAUUGUGAACUAGGACCUAGUUUCUCUAAAAAGAGAGAGAGAAGUCAAUUGUAUACAUAGGCCUUCAUAAAAAUUAAUUCUGCAUAGUUCAUGUUGCACUACAUGGACAAAUGCAUCUAUAAGAUUAUGAAGAUGUUUGUGGUCUGACAUUUAAUUUAACCCUUUCCCUAGCCUUGCUACCUUUUUGUUUGCUGUAUGGCACAAAAGGCAAUUAUGUGUUGAGCAUAUUUAUUUCUAUUUCCACUUGCUGUAAGGCAACAGCAGUUUUUAGUGGAACAUUAAGCAUAGCCUUAACAAUGUAGAGCUGUUGUGAUUCUUGCAAAUUAGCACAAGGCCAGUUCUAGAUAAGCAAUAGCAUAGACAAGCUUGAAGUUCAGUUCAACUGCUACUCAUUUUUACCAUUGUCUGAUGGAAAGGGACAUAAUUCAUUGUUCCUUAUGUCUUUGGGUGUGAAAGCAAGAAUAAGGGCAGGAAAAAUUGGAACUGGGAAGACAAAAAUAUUGAAAUCAGUCAUUACACCUGUGACUGCUGUCAUGAGAAUCCAUUUUUUGGUACAACAAGCAAGACAUCUGCCUUUUCUGAAGAUGAUACUUUAGUGAUAGAACAAAUAUUCCACAUUGUUCAGUGGGUGUAGAAGUUGGCUAGGGGACUGCUUGCUGCUAGCCAAAGGCAACCUUCCCCAGUCUGGUACUCUUCAGGUAUUUUGGACUUUAAUUCCCAGUAUUUCUGAUGUUGGCCAUGCUGACUGGGGCCAGUGAAAUUGAAAAUAUCCAGAGAGCUCCAGGCUAGGGAAAAUUGGUCUAAAACUUUAUGUUUGGGAAUGUUUCUCAGCCUUUUAGGAAUGGGGUGAGUGCUGUCCAUGGUGCUGAAAUGACUCUGCUUGUGAAGUUCUUGGCUCUACUUUGCUGAGAUAUAUUGCAAGACAUAAUAUAUAACCUCACAAGUAAAACCAGACAUCAAGAGACUUAAUAGAAUUCUGCACCUGCAUUGUUCCCCUUUCCUGCUGGUCCACAGUGAAAUUCCCAUAUCUGUGUAUAUCUUCAUGUGUAGCGAUGUAGAUGACUGUUUGCUAGGUAAUGCUUCAAUGCCAUGCCUCCAGAGCCUUAAUUACCUGGAGCCCUAUAUACCCUUAACUUCAGAAGUGCCCUGCUCAUGGCCUUUCCCUUUCUCCCAUAUCUGGCUAACUGUGCACCAUGGCUGAUGGCCAGGUAAGUGCACAUGCAAGCCUUGGCCAGGGGGCUGCUCUGUGCUACCUGCUUGCCCCUGGCUUGCCAGAGCUGUGUUUAUUCUCUAUGUAUCUGUGUGUGCUUUGCAGGCACUCAAACGGAAACCUGACUUAUUCCUGUGUAGCAGCCUGGAUGUCAAGGCAGUGUUCCACU